CCCCUUUGAAUUGGUAGGUGUGGUUUGUCAGCAGUAAAAAUUAAAAGGAGCUAGGCAGAGGAUAAAGAAACAGGAUUAUGGCUGAAGCUGGCAGUGGUCCAGUUAUUAGAAUAGAGGGACAAGAGGAAGACGAGAAGAAUAAAGAGUCCAGGGAUGAUGGAGGGGAGCCUGCUCGGGGUAUACUCAAGAAGAGAGGCCGAGUCAUCACUCCAGAAGAAAGGGCUAAAAGAGUAUCUGCCAGUAUACAAUGGGACGAGAUGAACAUACUAGCGACCGAGCACCCUCCGGAUAAAGAUUAUGGACACAUGAAGAUUGAGGAACCUAAGACUCCGUAUCACGAAAUGGUUGAAGAGGAAAGUGAGUCCAAGGAUAUUCCUGGAGUCACUCCGGAAGAUGUUGCACAACACGUAAUUAAUAAAGGGGAAAUUAAGAGCAAAUGGGAAGAUGAAGAUGGUGCCAUAACUGAUGAUGAAAUGCUUAGCGAAGAAGAGAAAGUAAAGAAGAGAGAGUUCAGAGAAUGGAGAAAAGCACAUUACAACGAGUUUGCAGCUGUACAAAGAGCAAGAGAAUUAAUGAAAGAAGAUGAGGAAGAGUUAAGGAGAUUGGAAGAGGAGGAGGGAGGAGGAGGAGGAGAUGAAGGAAUGGAAAUACAAUAACAAUAGGUCUUGAGUGAGUAGUUUUUCAUAUCACGCAGUCGCACCAUUCAAUAAAACUGUAGUAGAGAUUUCUCUGUGAACCUCCUUUUUAGUCACUAUAUAACAUUUAUCAUACUGUUAUUAUUAUUAUUAUUAUUAUUAUUAUUAUUAUUAUUAUUAUUAUUAUUAUUAUUAUUAUUAUUAUU